AUGCCCAGACGCUUAUGCUGUGACCAGGUUGUGAAGUUGCAGAGUCCCAGAUGGGCAGCAGUUGCGGCACAGGAAUGGGCUCAUGGCUCCAAAUGCGCUCACGAGCACGUUGUCGCUCAUCUCCAGGUGCUUGUACACUAUGAUGGUAAAAGCGAGUUGGAAAGAAAGAUUGGUAAAGCUUUUGACGACGGCGUGUUCACAGGAAAGCGGCCCAAGAUUUUGUCGGACCGAUACAUCUGCAUGGUCCUUGAAUACAUGGAUCGUGGCACAGCGCAGCAUUUGUCGAAGAAGGGUUUGCUAGACCUCGAAGGCUUGGCGGCCAUCACCCGACAAGUCUCGUCGGCUCUGGCCUUCAUCCACAAAGGCAAGCAGACCCACAACGACAUCAAACCAGAGAACAUCCUCUUGCGAAAGUCAGAAUCGGGUGAUCAUCUUGUGGUCAAGCUAGCCGAUUUCGGACUCGCCCAGUGGUCAGUUGAAAGACAGAGGGAUGCUGAGUUGAUGGCCUAUAGCCUUUGGUGCUUGGGGCUUGAUGAGCUGUUUGAGCACAUGCCGGGGAAGCCCGAGAGGUCUGCUGCAGCCGACCGUUUCGAGGCUGAGGCGCUGGCCAAGGACUCGCGACAAGAUCUGCGCAGUUCAGUGGCGAAGGUCGUCCGGGAUCUUUGGGCUGGCUCCACUGAGAUGGCUGUUGUGGCCGCCUCGGAGGAGCUGCGCGACAUGCAGCUCACCAUUCACCACACCAAGCAUGAGGAGAUAGAGGCAAAUGCCAGACAAGAAAUUCCUCCUAGACUGGAACGGCAAGCCAAAUUGUGGAGAGCGGUGCACAUGGCAAACAUCGUCAAGAAAUGGAGUCACGCGGAUGACCUCGAGGACGCUCAGUGA